GCGGCCCCGCCCGGCGCAUGCGCGGCUCUGGUUGCUCCCCCCACUCACUACGCGCGCACACACAGCCGCCAUGCUGCAGGAGCUGAACGAGCUGCUGGACGCCGCCCCGCAGCGCCCGGACACGGGUAAAUUCACACUGCUGCGAGACAGCAGAACGGAUGGCAGCUUCUUGGUGCACCACUUCCUCUCCUUCUACCUCAGAGCUGGCUGUAAGGUUUGCUUCCUGGCCCUGGUCCAGUCCUUCAGUCACUAUAACAUUGUAGCACAGAAGCUGGGGAUCAGUCUAACUGCUGCCAAGGAACAGGGGCAGCUUGUCUUUUUGGAAGGCCUCAAGUCCUGCCUUGACCUCGUGUUUGGGGAGGAGGAGCGGUCAGGACAGCCCAGUCCUCUUCAGUUUAUAAGUGGGAGCGUUUCCAACCUCAAGGACCUGUUUCACUUUGUCCAGAAGUCCCUGACGCCUGCUGACAGCGACUGCUGGAAGGGCCGGGUGCUGCUGGUGGAUGACCUCAGCGUGCUGCUCAGCCUGGGUGCUGCGCCAGUGGACGUGCUGGACUUCAUCCACUACUGCAGAAUGGUCGUGUGCUCUCAGCUCAAGGUACUGCUCCCUCCGCACACAGAAGCAAAGCCUGGCUUUCUCUGUGUUCCCCUGUGCACAGUAGAAGUGCAGAAGGCUUUGUCUCUGCGGGAAGUUCAGACCUUCUCUCCAUGGCCCUUCCUGGGGAGUUGCAUGAGUCCCUGGGGUACCUUUGCAACUGGUUUCCAGGAGGUGCUGUGCAGAGCAGGGCUUUGGGGUGGAACGCGCUGCUUUUUUCAAGCUGUGACACUUCAGAGAUGUCUGCUCACAGCCGUGUUUGUGUGCAUGCAGGAGGAAACAUUUCUAAGGUGACAAGGGGCUGACGAGCUGGGGAUGCAGCUGAAGGUCUGCUCGGCUCCUGGGGUGGAGGGAACGUGGCUCUCUGCUUCCAGCAGUUUUGCACCAGCUGCUUUCUGAGGGCAUGUGACCAUGUGGCAAUUCUACAACAAUCUCCCUGGCGAUGCGCUCGUCCUGGAAGCAUCACAGCCAAAAAUCAUUAAUCACAUCCAUCCUUUGCUGUUUACACUGCAGCAUCCACCACCUCAGCCACUUCUCUCUUUGCUUGAGUGAGAAAUAAAGUAGACGAUGUCAGGUUUUGUUACCCUGCACUUCACGUGUUGCUGGGGUGUUUGAGCUGUAAAUGCUGACAGGGGAUGUUCUGCUUGCUGGGAAUACUUACCAUCAAAGCAGCUGGAAAAAAGAAAAAAAAAAGGUAAAUUUUGCUAACACGUUUCUAUUUCUGUCCAAGAUGUUCUGAAGCUUUAAAGUACAUUUUACUUGUUUGAGAAUUGGAUGUUAUUUUAAGUCCACAGUGAGCUGCCUGUGCUGAGGCAGAGGCUCCUGGGAUAUGGUUAAUGGUGGUGGUGUUGCACUGGGGAGCUCUUCAGGAGCUGAGAAGGUUUGGAAGCACAGCUCUGGCUGCAGCCGCUCAGCUGUGUCUUUAUUUAGCUGUUCUGAAUUCAUCCAGAGAGCUGCUGUUUGCACGGCCUGACAGACAGGUUUAGCUAGAUAGCUGCCUUGUAACAAAGGCUGCAUGUAUUUUUAGUCUAGAUAGGUCUGCAGAUACUGCAGAUGUGUGUGUUUGUGUGUAUACAGAUCUGUACGCAUACACACACCAAGCUAUUUCAGAGAUGUGUGUAUGCCUUCAAGAAGGCCCGGUGCAAGGUGCUGCCCUCGGGUCAGGGCAGUCCCAGCUAUAAGUAUGGAUGGGAGAAGAACUCAGAGCAGCUCUGUAGAGAAGGACUUGGGGGUUCUGGUGGUACAAAGCUCGACACGAGGCAGCAGUGUGCACUCACAGCCCAGAGUACCAACAGUAUCCUGGGCUGCAUCAGCAGAGGGGUGGCAGUGGGCAGGGAGGGGAUUGGCCCCCUCUGCUCUGCCCUCGUGGGACCCCAUCUGCGUGCAGAGCUGGGACCCCAACCCAGAAAGAUGCAGAGCUGUUGGAGAGGGUCCAAAGGAGGCCAUGAAGAUGCUCAGAGAAGGAGCAUCUCCCCUACUAUAAGAACAGGCUGGGGGCAUUCAGCAUGGGGAAGAGCAGGCUUGAGGGAAGACCUCACUGCGGCCUUCCAGUGCUUAAAGGGAGCUUAUGAACAGAAGAGAGAGAGACUUUCUACAUGGGCAGAUAGGGAUAAGAAAGGGGAAAUGGCUUUAAACUAAAAGAAGGGAGAUUUAGAUUAGAUGUUAGGGGUAAACUACUCAGGGGGCAGUGAGGCCCUGGUACUGCUGCCUAGGGAAAUGUGGGUGUCCUGGAGGUGCCUGAGGCCUUGGCUGGGCUCUGAGCAGCCUGGGAUGGGAAUGGCAGCCCACUGCAGAGCUGGAAAAGGAUGGGCUUUAAGAUCCCUUCUAACCAAAGUCGUUCUGUGAUUGUGUGAUACAUGCCUCAUGUUGAUUUUCCCAGUGGGUUUUGGUUGAGCACCGGCUGGCAUGCUGGCAGAUGUCUGAGUGGCUUUACUGGCAGGGCACUUGGACACGAGCUCCUGUUGCUCCCUGCCUGGCCUCACCUGGAGUGAGUUGGAGCCAACAAGAGGCUCAGCACUGCCAGCUGUUGUCGUUGCAGGGGAACAUUGUGGUGCUGGUUCAUGGCAGCGAGGAUUCAGAGGAUGAGGAGAACAAGCUGGUGGUGACCUCCCUAUGUCAUCACAGCAACCUGAUCCUGUGGGUGGAGGGGC